AUGAGGCUCGAAGCCAGGACCGUCGCACCCCCAUCGCUUGACGCUGUCAAGAUGGAGGACCGGAAGCGGCCCAUCACUGACGACGCUGCUCCUCCUGCUAAGAGGCAAGCGUUGACUGCCAACGGUGCUCGAACUCACCCAGAAGCUGACACGCCGUGGAAAGAUGACAUCGAGCUGUUUCAAAAAGAUGCCAUUCUGCGCCAGAUGCGCGAGUACAAACGCGAAGCCAACAUGGUCGACGAACAACUGUCUGCUCUGAAAAUACGUUCUCAGUACCACGAUGACCAUCUACGGACAAUAGACGCUUGGUUUGAUCAGCUUAUCGAUGAGAUCAAACUCCGAGGGUCUGGUCACCUGCCUGAUGCCAAUUUCACUCCCUCCAUACCCGCUACGCUCCUGCGGGAGGACAAUCAGACAUUCAAGAAGCAUUUGUCUAACCGCAGGGACAAGAUUCUUGCUUGUCUGACUGAUCUCUUUUCAAAGUAUCCUCAAAGCAGUCCAGAGGUAGCAGAUUUGCAGCAGAAGCUUUCAGACCUUCUGGCUAUAGAGAAAGAUCACGUGGUCCGACUACAGCAAGUCACGGCCGAGAAGGAGCAGUUGUGCGAUCAACUAACUGAUGCCACUCACCGUUACCUCAGGUCUGAGAAGAAGUGUGAUCGUUUAAGGAGCGCUCAAGUCCAGAGACUUGAGCAGCAAGCCGUUGGUGCAAGCGCUGCUGUGAAAGAGGAGGCACCAUCUGCAAGCAAUGGGACACAGGCAGCCAACGGCACUUCACCGGGGCCUAUCAGUGAAGAACUGGAAACUGCAAAGAACCAGGCCAUAGCUGAGGCGACCAAGAGAAAGGAGCAGCUUGAGCAGAUCGAGCAAGAGAACAAGAAGCUUACUGAAGAGGUCUCAGCAUUGAAAGUGAAGCUCACUGGGCUGUCUGACGAUGAUUACGCCAAAACGGAUCUCUUCAAAGCCAUCAAGAGCCAACAUGAAGACGUCAUCAAACGCAUUAACAAUCUUGAAGCCACCAACAUUCAGCUACGAGAGGAGGCGCAAAAGUACCAGGCAGAGCGAACUGCAUACAGGAUUAAGGUUGACGAUGAGGUACGUGCGACCUUGGCAGAUUCUGCAAGCCACGUUUCGCAAGCAGAGGCAAACUGUGCGCGCAUUCGAAACGCUCGAGAUGAACUCCAGACUCAGAAGACUGUUUUGGAAGCAAGCCACAAGGAUGCCAGAGAGUCUAUUGAGCAGUCCAAAAAGCUUGCCAGCGCAUGUGACCUUCGGAUCGCCGCUUUGGAGCAGGAAUGUGCGCGUCUACGAGCACAAAUUGCGGAGGACCAGGCGUCAAGCGAACAGGAAUCCCCAGGAUUGGAUGACUUGACACCAGAGCAACUGCGCAGCAAAGUCUCGAAGCUUGAUAGCCAAACUAAACUCUUGAGCACAGAACUCCUGGGCAUGGAGGAGGCAUGGAAAAAGGCGCAUGGGGCUGCAAACUCGAAAAUCACCAUCACCGCCACUUGGGAGGAGAACAUUGCCAAGGCGAACGCGGACAAGGCCAAGGCAGAGCAGAAGUAUUUCGCGGCUAUGAAGACCAAGGGAGAGCUGGAACAACAGGUUCGCAUUCUGCGCGCUCAAACUAGCAAGGCAACCGAAGUUGUAGCGCAGUUGAAAGAGGCGGAUACUCUCAGUCGGUCACUAGUAGACAAAUUGGAGAAGCAGACUGCGGAAAUGCGAUCGCAGAUGGAUGACUUGUCCAUUACGCACCGCCAACUGCAGCAGAAGGUUAACGAGAACGCCAUUACAUCCGAAGGUCACAUCAGUCAGAUAGCAGAACUGAAAAAGGUGGUUGAAACUAAGGACGCGAUGUGCCUUGCCGCCAAGCACGCCCAACGCGAAUCGGAAACGGAGCGAGAUAAGCUAGCAGCCCAAGUCACUGGAUUGGAGAAGCAAGUGCAAAUUUACAAGAAGAAGAGCACGGCCAACCAGAGCUCUGAGGUUUCGACCAUGGAACUGUUGAUUCAGUGCCAGAUCUGCAAGAGCAAGCUCAAGAACACCGUCAUCAAAACUUGCGGACACAUGUUCUGCGAUCAGUGCGUCCAAGACCGACUUACCAACCGAGCGAGAAAGUGUCCCAACUGCGGCAAGGCGUUUGGCAGCAACGACACAAUGCGGGUGCAUUUGUAAGGCGUCUUCAUUUGGGGGAGUCUUUUUUUAUAAUUUGCCGGCACGUCUGCCCAUGUAUAUCACCUGCGUUUCUUUCGAGUACCCUUUUUCCAGAUUUACAGUAGCGUUGACGGGAGCACUAUUUGGUGGAUUGGAUAUGUUGGCGUUUCGCGGAUGGCCUUUGGCCGCGUUCUACGGCGUUCAUGUUCGCGUGGCAGCGUAAGACUAUGUACGAUCAGAGAGCGAUGUAUUUCCAGCAUGUUCGGCUAGAUGGGCUAGCUUUCACUUGGCAGGACGUGUGCGGGCAAGAGAAAGUCGACGAAUUCUAUGGAGCUCGGGUCAAUGGUGGUCAAGGGAUGAAUGCAAUCAAGAUAACGUCAAG